CGGCCCAAUGCUGCCGCCUCGCUCAGGGAUGUCACAGAUGAUGCUGCUUCUAUAAACACAAGAACACAGCAGAGAAAAAAUCAGACACACAAAGAGAAACGACGACUGCUUCAUACAGGCUUCAGCGAUCAUGGAGACAUUGUCAGAAGUCAGCCAAAAUGUCCAAAAGACACCUCAAACAAUGAUGGAUGACAAACAGCAUGGGGAACUACCAGAGGAGCAGGGGGCCGCAAAUGAGGCAUUAACAGACCAGACAGUGAUGGCAGGAGAGGCUCUGGACAGAAGGAACAUCUGGGAGCCGAGUGUUUACUACGCGCUGGGGAAGGAGUCUUUUCAUAUCGCAGGUCAUGACAUCAGCAUCCGCGAGUCUAUGGAUACUUUUGGUGCUUUGAUCUGGCCCGGGGCGAUAGCUUUGAGCCAGUUCUUGGAGAAUAACCAGCAGCAAUUUAACCUGAUGGACAAAGCAGUGCUGGAGAUUGGAGCUGGGACCGGCCUGCUCUCAAUAGUAGCCAGUCUGCUCGGUGCUUGGGUGACAGCUACGGACCUGCCUGAGAUCUUGUCUAAUCUGACCUUUAACCUCCUGAGGAACACAAAGGGCCGGUGUCGCUACACCCCUCAGGUGUCCGCCCUCACCUGGGCUCAGCACCUGGAGAGAGACUUUCCUCACCCGUCCUUCCACUACGACUAUGUGCUCGCUGCGGACGUGGUCUAUCCCCACGGAUCCAUCGACGAACUGCUGGAAACCAUGCGUCACUUCUGCCGACCGGGGAGUCGAACGACGCUGCUGUGGGCAAACAAGAUCCGGUUCCAGUCGGACUUGGAGUUCACAGAGAGCUUCGAGAGCAGCUUCAACACCACGCUGCUCGCCGAGCUCCCACAGCAGGAGGUGAGGAUUUACAAGGCCACAGCUAAGGAGUGACCGAGGAGCUGCAGUGGGUGGAGGAUCAGGAGAUGUUAGAGGUCUUGUGGAAAAAUUCUGAGGAUAAAAAAGUUGAUUUGUAUAGAGUUCACAACGUCCCUGUACACAGCUGUAGCUGAUAAGUAAAUAACAGAAGUGAAGCUCACAUUUACAUUUCAAUAAGCUAUUUUAUUUGCCAGCACUUUUUUAUACAGUUCAUAUCUCAGAUUUUAAUCAAAAGAAAAAAGGAAAUGCUGUAAACGUGUCUCUAUAUCUAGCUUUAUUUCAUAACAAUUUGACUACAUUUACUUUUAUCAAAGGUGCACUGCUUUUUUUUCAAUCUUUUGUACAAAGAGUAAAAUUAUGAUCUAUGAAAUAAAACACAUGAAAAAGAAGUUUUCAAAAAAUGUACAUUCCUGGUGUCGUAGCUUUUGGUAUUUCGGCAACAGCAGUUAUUUAGCUGUUUAAAGUUCAAACUAAAGGCGGUAGCGUCAAUAACAACAACCUACACUCUAUAGGAGCACAUGUGCAAGAGAAGAAAAUACAUUUUUUUACAUAUUCAACAUGUCACUCUCACUCAUCACCAAAUGUAUCA